AUGGUCUUAUUGGAGGCGACAGCACCCGCAGUCAAGGGCCCAGCCCUUUUUGGGAUGCCAAUGAAGCAGGUGUCGCUAAUCACGCUCACAUUUCAAAACUCGGCCUUGAUCCUCAUACUACACUACUCGCGAAUCAUGCCACCAGACGGCGACCACCGCUACUUCACCUCGACCGCCGUCUUUCUCAAUGAGAUUAUAAAACUUGCCAUCAGCCUCACUUUUGCCCUCAUGGAGCACUCGCGCAGCCUGGCACCUCAGACCCCAGCUACGGUGCUGUUCGAGCAGCUGUACAACUCGGUGUUUUCCGGAGAUGGGUGGAAGCUCAUUAUCCCUGCGGCGCUGUACACGCUACAAAACACUCUGGUCUAUGUGGCCGUGGGCAACUUGGACCCGAUACAUUUCCAAAUACUAUACCAGCUCAAGAUCCUUACAACUGCUUUCUUCACGGUUGUCAUGUUGGGUAGAUCUCUGUCUGCAAAGAAGUGGGUCUCGUUGGUUAUUUUGACCAUCGGUGUCUCAAUCGUGUCUUUGCCCUCGUCGAGUGCCGAGGACUCGAGACUCAUGAUCCAUGACUUUAGUGAUCAUUUUUUCCCUCGCUCGGUCCACGAGCUUGGCCAGAUCGCCAACGGCGCGGCCGAGGUCGCGAGAGAGCUCACCAAACGCGCCUUGGACGACUUCAACGAGGAUGGUGUCAUUGGCACCAUAGUGAAGCGAUCGGCUACCUACCAGGGCAUUAAGGAGGACCUGGACACGACGCCCAUCAUGAACUACUCAAUUGGUCUUGGCGCCGUGCUGAUCGCCGCGGCUGUGUCCGGCUUGACUGGCGUUUACUUUGAGAAGGUCCUGAAGGAUUCAGCCACGCCAGUCUCGGUGUGGACACGCAACGUGCAGCUUUCCUUCUAUUCGCUUUUCCCAGCUCUGCUGCUUGUCAUCGUCAAGGAUGGCGCUGAGAUUAUCAAGCAUGGUCCUCUCGACGGCUAUAACUGGGUCGUGUGGACGGCCGUGGUGCUGCAGGCUGUCGGGGGCGUGUUGGCUAGUCUGUGCAUCAACUAUGCGGACAACAUUGCUAAGAACUUUGCGACCAGCAUCAGCAUCGUGAUUAGCUUUCUUUUCAGCGUCUGGUUCUUCAACGUUAACGUCAAUUUGACAGAUUCUAAUGAGCUUCUACAGUUCUUGCUAGGGACAUUCCUCGUCAUCAUGGCGACGUACCUCUACAGCGGCCCCGACCGCAAGCGUAGCCGCCCGCCACCUAUCAGCAUCGUCAGCUUUGAGAAGACGACGAUCGAUUCGACUCCUCAGCCGACAACGAUCGACGAGAAGCGUCUGGACCCUCUAGACAACGUCAAGGCAAUGGGCCUAUCGACAUCGCGUCCCGUCUCACCCUUGCGGCAUCAUAACAGGGUGCCUUCUGCCCGGGGCAAGAACCGCGACGAUUGA